AUGAACUUCCUGCUCCUGGUCUUUGCAGCCUUUGGAUUCCUGGCCCAGGUGACCCCAGUCAGUGGGGGCUGGCCAAAAUGUGGGGUUAAUACUCCAGGAUACUGCAGGCUGUUUUGCCACUCGAGGGAGAGAUCAACAUUCUUGUGUGACAGGAACAGGCGAUGCUGUGUCACACGCACCUUCUUGCCAGGACCUAUCGGGUUCUCUUGA